AUGGACAAUACAAACAUACCUGCGCAUACGUCCCAGGUGGUGUAUGCGGGCCCCGUCCAACUAUUAACCCCACCACUAUCAGACUCCAGUGAAUCUCAACCCCAAAGAGAGCGGCUCAGGCAGUGCAACCGCUCUUCAUCCUCGGAAGAUGAACCCAUACCGGUUCGGGAGGAACCUGAAAUCAAACGUGAAGACCACCGUGUGGGAGGUCCGGUCUUAUGCCGUCUGCCAGCUGCUACGUUUCCCAUAACCUCUGCUGACCCAAUAACCCACGUGUUCAAUUCGGAACUGCGGGACAAAAUCAUGGAGGCUAUCCAGGAGUCCAAUAUCGACUUCCAGGAGAUGUCAGUUUUUAAGCGGCGUUGGAGGGAAUCUCGUGAUAAGCCUCUCCCAGUCAUCCUGAUCAUUGCUAAAACCAGACGCAAUCGUCCAAUUGAUGGUACUUGGUUUCAGCUCUGCCAGAAAAUCCGGGCUUUUUGUGUUUCCGCUGGCCGACCAGAAGUUAAUGUUGAGAUUGGUGACCCCGCCGCCUACAUACCAAUAAUAUCCUCUGCUGUCCUCUCAAGUGAUCCCAUUGUACAACACUGGCCAACGCUGAGACCUCAGAUUCUCAAGAUAAUUAACGGCAGAAUGUGGCUUACCUUGGAUGUACUCCGACGCGGUCCAGAAAAUAGCGAAGGAAUUAUCACAAUUGUCAUCACGAUACCAGAAUGCUCAACAAGUGACGCGUACUCCUGGCGGCCAGUUAGGGACAAGAUUGUCAAUGUUAUCAAUACCACUGGACUCGAAAAUGUGGCAGUUGAAAUUGGGAGGGGAGCAGUAUAUACCUCCGAUGAUAUUGACAAUAACUUCUUCAACGAGAGUGACCCAUGCUCAAAGGCUCACUUUGGAGGAAGUUUGGCCGGAUUACACGAUAGCAAACGACUCGGAACUUUCGGUGGCUUUAUCGUCUUGGAUUUCCCAGACGGAAAGUCUAGAACUUGUGGCCUUACCUGUUAUCACUGCGUAGUCAACGAUGAUAUCGACAGUCCGGCACUUGAAACUUGGGAAAUGCAUGGGCUUCGACCUAACGACCCAAAAAACAAUAUUGAACUUUCCCAUCCUUGCCGAAGAGACUACGAUGAUAUAAUAUCUCACUACAAAGAUGCGAUUGCGAAAAUCCAGACGCCAGAGUACUUCCAGAUGUUAUCUGUAGCCAACGAUCCAGAUGGAUUUCUAAUUCCCUCACAGCGGAGGUAUCUUGAUUAUCAACUGAAAAACAUUGAUGCUUAUGAAAAGAGACUCCAGUUUGCGAAUGAAUUCAUGAGUGAGAAAAAAAAUUACCUCGGAAAGGUCUAUGCUGGUUCUGGCCUUCGACUGAAUGAAGACAUGCGAUCUCUCGACUGGGCGCUAAUAGAUGUCAGUCCCCAAAGAGUGACAGGAAACAAGCUGCCGGAUGGACUCUUAUCGGGACAUUUCAACCCAACAUCACAGGGAGGCCUUGUCACGGAUGCGAAGUUCGAAGUGAUGUUAGAACAGAAGGUUUUCAAAAUUGGUCGGUCCACAGGCUUUACCAGAGGCAUCGUUAACGGGCUUGAAACUACAAAGCUUCGUUCUUGGACCUUUGGAGGUCCGUCUGGAGAUACCCCAAUUCAGAAAUGUGGCAUUGAAUGGUCAAUUGUUCCUGACAAUUCCAAGGAUUCAUUCUCUGCUCGUGGUGACUCCGGAGCGUUUGUUCUAGACGAUAACGCACACAUGGUUGGUCUCGUCUUUGCUGGAAAUACUUACUGUACGACAACAUACAUGACGCCAGUUGCAGCAAUCUUCGAAGAUAUUAAAAAGAUCACCGGCGCCUGUGGAGUAAGGGUAUUUGACGAUAUGGAUGAUUGA